CUGGGACAUAAUGCUUAUAUGUCAAACUGCCAGACAAAAUUUGUCUGUGCCAGACAUUAGUAGUCUGGGACAUAAUGCUUGUAUGUCAAGCUGACAGACAAAAUUUGUCUGUGCCAGACAUUAGUAGUCUGGGACAUAAUGCUUGUGUAUAUCAAACUGACAGACAAAAUUUGUCUGUGACAGACAUUAGUAGUCUGGGACAUAAUGCUUGUGUAUGUCCAACUGACAGAAAAAAUUUGUCUGUGCUAGACAAAUUGGUUGUAACUAAUGAGUUGUGUAUUCAUUAUAGGUAUUCACUUCAAGAUGAUGAAUGGCUUAAGGUCAUGUUUGAAGAACGCCAAAGGUGGGUACCUUGUUACUUGAAAACUUCAUUCUGGGCAGGUAUGUCCACAACUCAACGAAGUGAGAGCAUCAACGCUUUCUUCGACCUUUUUGUGCAUUCUAAAACAAGUCUAAAACAAUUCGUGGAGCAAUAUGGUUGUGCCUUAAAAUUUAAGGCUGAAAAAGAGUUUCAAGCGGACGCUGAGUCAUUUUCAAAAUUGGUACCGUGUGUUUCGAAAUUUCCUAUGGAGAAACAAAUGCAAGGUAUAUACACAAUGGCGAAGUUCAAGGAGUUUCGAGAUGAAGUGGUUGGCAAGCUUUAUUGUGACAUCAUUCAAUGGGAUGGCGGUAAAAUUUAUCAUGUCAAAGAAGAAGUUAAAAUAACAGAGGACUUUUACAAGACUGUUUACUUCAUAGUGGAAUAUGAUUCUGGCUUGUGUGAAUGCAAAUGUAGUUGUCAUUUGUUUGAAUUUAGAGGCAUUGUGUGUAGACAUAUGUUUAUGGUUCUACAGCGCAACGAUGUUAAAAUCUUGCCUGAGGUGUACAUCAUGCGGAGAUGGAGGCAAGAUGUAAAGCGCCCUUACACACGAGUGAAAAUAAACUAUGAUGGGUGGAUCACAACAGUGCAGCAACAACGGUAUGACAAGUUGUGUAAGACUUUUGAAGAUCUUGCAAAUGCCAUUGCCGAUGAUGAGGAAAAGUAUAAAAGCGUUAUGCAAUGGAUGCAAGACCAAUUGCAUAAGUGUGCCGGGUCAACUACAACUUAUUCCGUUUGUGGUGUUAUGACACAACUUCCACAAUUACAUACAAAUGUGCAUGGGGAGGCGCCGGGUCCAAUUCAAGAUCCGAAGAUCACAAAAAGGAAGGGUGCACCGAGGAAAAACCGCAUAAAAGGCCCUCUUGAAAAAUCAAAGAAGAAUCAAAAGGCGGAUCCAAAACCAAAUAAAUCAAGGAAGAACCCUAGUGGAAUGCACACAAGUGACAUUGCCUCAAAUCAAAUUUAUGAUUUUAGUGUAUUAACACCCUGUGUCAAUGAUAAGGGGUUGGAUUUGAAUCUACGCUUAUUAUGAAUGA